UGUCGUUAAAUAUUACUGUGGAUAAAAAGCAAAUGCUAUUAGAAUUUAGCAGUAAGCAUUUAUCAGCAUACAACAAAUGUGAUCAGUGCUAUGAAUUAUUAUGCGAUGGGACAGAUAAGUCGAAGUCAAAGUCAAGUUUUAAAGAGAUUAUUGAAGCCGACGAUAAUAGUCCACAAGAUCAAAAAAUAGUGAACAAGGAUGAUAUAUUAGAAGUACUUCGAAAGAUAAGCAAGCAUUACCGAGGGUGA